GGUCUCGCUAUCUCUACUACAAGUGUUGUGCAUUGCGAAGAAGUCCCAUCGGAAAGCAUCUACUUGGAACGUGCUUCCAGGGAAAAUCAAAGUGCAAAAUGCGAAUGUUUAUUGUCCCCUGCUGCCUAGCCCUGCUAGUGGCAGCAGCCACUGCCGAGGGCAAUGACCAGUCGGCGGCAGCGGAUCAGAGCGUCGCAGCUAGUAAGAGAAGCGUAGAAGCUGAGCAGAAACAGGACAAGGAACUGGAAAAGCGUGGAAUCUCUUUGGGCGAUUGGAGCGCCGCUCAGGAACAGCAUCAAAAUCAACAGAACCACCAGCAGCUGCAACAUCUGCAGUUUGAGACUCAGGAGUCGCAUGGAGCCAGCGAAUACCACUCGCACUUUUCCCAGCAACCGCAGUAUCACCAGCAGGCGGCUCCACAGCAGACUUACUAUCAUCAUCAGCAGCAGCACUUGCAGCAGCAACAUCAGCAGCAGCAGCAGCAGCACCAGCACCAGCACCAGCCGCAGCAGCACCAGUCUCCACCACAGACCUUGUAUCAGUCCCACCCGGAACCGGAGCAGCAUCAGCAUCAGUACCAACAGCAGCAACCACAGUACCAGCAUGUACCUCAAUACCCAAGUGCGUCCCAGCAUUUCGUGCACCUACCUCCGCAACAGCAGCAACACCAGCACCAGCCAAUGCCGCAAUAUCAUGAGGAAACCAUCAAAACCGUGACUAUUGAGAAGAAGGUCCCAGUGCCGUACACCGUCGAGAAGCAUGUUCCAUACACCGUCCACAAGAAUGUGCCCUAUGAGGUAAAGGUCCCAAUUCCACAGCCCUACGUGGUUGAGAAGAAGGUCCCAUACACCGUCAAGGAGUACGUCAAGGUCAAGAAUUACGUCCCAGAACCCUACAACGUGUACACCAAGGUUCCCUAUGAGGUGAAGGUUCCAGUCGACAAGCCAUACAAGGUUGAGGUGCCAGUACCAAAGCCGUACGUGGUGGAGAAGAAGAUUCCAUACGAAGUUAAGGUCCAAGUUCCAGUUCCCUACACCGUCGAAAAGAAGAUCCCAUAUGAAGUUAAGUACGAGGUCUCGGUACCAAAGCCCUACACAGUCAUCAAGAAAGUCCCUUAUGAGGUGAAGGUCCCAGUCGAUAGGCCCUACAAGGUCGAAGUCGAGAAGCCUUAUCCAGUGGAAGUGAAGAAGCCGUACCCAGUCAUCGUUGAGAAGAAGGUACCGUACGAGGUCAAGGUCCCAGUCGAUAAGCCGUACCAAGUUGAUGUCCCAAAACCAUACAAGGUCGAAGUUAAGGUCCCAUAUCCAGCGCCAUACACUGUCGAGAAGAGAGUCCCAUACACCGUGGAAAAGGCCGUGCCCUACACGGUGAAGGUUGAUAUCGAGCGCCCGUUCCCGGUGUACAAGGAAGUGAAGUUUGCCGUCACCAAGGAGGUACCGCACCCGGUCAAGGAAAAGCUCUUCGUGCCAGUGCCAGUUCAGCACGAACAAGCCCACCAGCACCAUGAACAUCAAGCACCAGAAUCGCAGUACCAUUUGCAGCAAUCCGAACAUCAGCCGCAGCAUUCCCAGCCUGAGGUGCACUUCACUCAGGAGCAGCCCCAAUACCAGCAUCAAGCCCACCAGCCACAGCAGCAGCAACAUCAGCAACAGCAGCAGCAGCACUACGGGCAGCACUAAGGCAUCCUUGUGCCUCGCUAGGACCCGAUGGCUCGUUCCACUUUUGUGAUAAUUGUGAAUAUAUUUAGCUGUAUUAGUAUUAAAGUCUUGGAAUCGCUCGCUUUGCCAAGAUGAAAGGACUGAAUACUUGAAAAAUGCUCAGCCCCCCAGGAAAGAUCCUAGCCGAAUGCAGAUGUUCUUUGGGGUCAGCUUUUUCUAGUCGAAUAAAAAAAAAAGCGCCAAUUUUUUGUUACGUUUGUAAAGAAAAAAAAAAUGUGCUUUUCUAUGUGUUGUUGAAUAGUCAUGUAACUC